UUGAGGUUGGGUUGAGUUGGAGGCGAAGGAGAGAGAGUCUAUAAAUAAGGCGGAGAAGGAUGGAUAUUCCCUGGAUUGGGUAACCCAAAGCAAAUUAAGGGGAUCUCGCCCUCUCCAUAUCUAAUUGUCAUUUGGUAAUCCAAUAUCCAAUAUCCAAUUCCAAUAGCUGAUACAUGGGCAGACCUCCCCUCCACCGCAACGCUCUCACCCUCAAGUUCCUCUGCAGCUACGGCGGCAAGAUCCUCCCUCGCUAUCCCGACGGCAAACUCCGCUACCACGGUGGCGAAACCCGCCUUCUUGCCGUUAGCCGCUCCAUUUCCUUUACUGAGCUGUUGUUCAAGUUCGGGCAGCUGUGCGGAACAUCCGUUUGUGUGAGCUUCCGUUGCCAAUUGCCAAGAGAA